CACCCCAUACCUCAGCAAGCCCUCCUCCUCCCUCCUUCCCCGCCGCCGCCGCCUUUGCCCUCCCCACCCCACCAGCAAGGACUCCGGUCACCCCAGCCACCACUACUCAUAUCUCCACUGAUUCCUUCCUUACCGUCUUCAUUUUUCUGCUUUAUCUGCAGCACCUCCUCACACUUUUUCCAUUUCUUGGGCGGCUACAACCUUUGGAUCUGUCGCCACCGCCCCAUAAAUUUUAAUCCCUCUCUUCUUGACCCCUCCACCACUUCUGCCUCUGAUCAGCAGGCCACCACCUCCUCUUCCCCCCUCCGAGGUAUGGUAACUUGUGAGAGCUAUCGUGAUCCAAAACAAGAAACCUAAUCUAUUGGCGAACUUGAGAGAGAAGACGACAUUCCUGACACAUAAAAGAAUGCCUGAGAAGUUUACAAAUGAAGGAAACAAGAAAGUGGUCAUGGCUGAUGGGGCAGACCACAUAAGCGCUCUCCCGGAUGAGCUCCUCCAAUACCUGCUCUCCUUCAUUCCAUCACGUGAGGCCGUGCAGACGUGUGUGCUCUCCCAGCGUUGGCGCCACCAAUGGAAGUAUGUGCCUGCCCUUCGAAUAAACGACGUCGACAGUUUCUACAGUGUUCAGCAGCUGAACAAGUUUGUCCACCACCUUCUGCUGCACCGCAAACGGACUCCUCUGUAUGUAUGUGAGCUUGAUUCUUUUCGCAAUGGGGAAGUUGCAGAAUGGUACCAAUAUGCUGUAUCAUGUGAAGUUGAGAUGCUUCAGGUAGACACUGCCCAUUCAGCUGAUUAUUGUCGAUUACCCGAGAUGGCUAUCACCUCCAACCACUUGACAACACUAGAAUUUAGUGGUGUGCAGCUGGGGCAUAUCUCUCUAGAUUUUUCAGGUUGCCUGAAAUUGGAGGUAUUAGUGAUGCGCGGGUGUAAAAUCUUGGUGCAGAAGAUAUUGUCCCAAUCAGUUAGAAGUUUGAGCAUAACUCAGUGCAAUUUUGAGCUCAAUACUCGCACUCAUAUUUCAGCUCCUAGUCUUAUUUCUUUAGAACUUGCUGAUAUUCUGGGCUGGACUCCUGCACUUGAGAGAUUGCCAUCAUUAUCAACAGCAUUUGUCAGGCUGGAUGAUCGUUGUGAAGACUAUUGCUUACACAGUUACUAUGGGGAUUGUGGCGAUCAAGUUUCAUGUGGAAAAUACUGCACUAGAUUCUAUGAUGUCCAUGAUGAUGAUUGUGUGCUUCUUGGUGGUCUGUCGAACGUCACCAAUUUAGAGUUGAUAACUUCACCUAAAGUGUUCAUUGUCAGAAAGGAUUUGCUUAUGCGCCCAACGUUUAGCAAGCUAAAAACAUUAUUGCUUAAUGUUUCGGAUGCGGAUGCUGGCUUCGGCCCAUUGGUUUACAUUUUGAGGAGCUCUCCAGUACUAGAGAAGCUUACUCUUCAACUGUAUGAGGAACCAAAAGCUAAGAUAGAAACAGAUGGAAGCUGCAACCUAGAGGAGCAAUUGGUGGCAUCCAAGAAACUGAAAGUAGUUGAAAUCAAAUAUUCGAAAAUUGUAGUGCUUUGCAGAGUUUUACAGAUUCUCAACACUUGUGGUGUACCUCGCAAGAAAAUUAACAUUGAACGUACGGAGUUGUGGUCUUUUGGAAGUCAUUUCAGUUUCGAGCAGACUUAACAGUUCAGCUGUCUCGUUUGUCAAAAUCUGAAGUGAUUUACCUGGUCAAGACAUGCAUAUGUUUUGUGUAAGAAGUUCAGAAACACCUAUCAAGUACAAUAAGAAUGGAUGUAAUGGUAUAAGUUUCAUGUAAUUGAACAAUCCAGUAUUGUGUGAUGAUUACCUGUAGAACUUGUGCCUUGUGGCCUAUAUAUAUAUGCUCUGUGACAUGCUUCUGUCU